UUGAGUUCAUUCAAUCAACAUUUAAAAUUCAUCAGGGCCUGCUUGUAUUCGGUCUUCUCAACAUCAUGUAAACUACCAUCAGUGACUGACACUAAGACGACAGCUGAGACUCGAACGUGCACAAUGAGGCCAUGGAGUCGAACACAGGACGAGCUGAGGAAGUACAAAGAACUUCUCAAAUAA